GAAGCGCAGCACAUAGUUUAGCGAGCAUCCUCGGUUCAGUAACACUGACGGAGAGGAGGGAGGAGGAAAACGCCAAUAACGAACAUAUAGAAGGAUAAAAGCCUCCGUGAUGCGACAUAAAGCUUUGAAGGAGACGGACGCUCGUUGAGGAUUUGGACCUUUUACAAAUACUAAGCGCGAGGCGGAGAGGGUGUGCGCUUAUUCCAAUGGGCUGCGGUGGAAGCAGGGCUGCUGCAAUUGAACCACGGUAUUAUGAGAGCUGGACCAGGGAGACAGAAUCGACAUGGCUUACAAACACCGACACCGAAAUUCCACAGUUGCACCCAGGAAUUACCAGCAAUAACAUCGGGAGUCUCGAGAGUGCUGGCCCUGGUAUGAAAGAAAACGCCGUGACAUGUACAGGUAAGGCGGAGGGGGGUAGGCAGUUAGGUGCCAGCUCCUCUCUCCGGGAGAAGAGGAUGGUGAAUACGGGAACACAAUGUGGGAAGCAGCCCAUGCACUCCACCUCCAGUGUCAGUACUCAAAGGAGGCCUGUACACAGGGAAGAGACCAAGCCAGAGGCCAGAAGAAUGCCCUCCAAAGAAGUGGCUGUGAAUAUCACCAAGAGUAUUCAGCAAGUCAGCCGGGGGGAAAUGACCCCAAGCUGUGUCCAGUAGGGGGUCUCGUGUGGAGUGCUGUGGGAUGCAGAGGAGCUGGGGACACGCUCUGGGAGAAGACUGCUGAGAUAAAUAGACUGUUUCAAAAGGCCAUCACACUGAGCGCAGGUAGUUCUCUUCCCCGCCCAGGGGACAGAGGUUCAAGAUGCCGUUUGAAUGAGGUGCCCUUACUGCCCUGUGUGGUAAUGCAGGGUAAAUUGCCAACUGGAAAAUGCUGCUGAAAUCACCCUUUACCUAUUUGUAAGUGUCCUGUUCAUUUCGUUAGAUCAUCGUUCCAUCCAUUUCAUAAAGACCCCCAGAUGAAAAUGCUGUGAGAUGUAGUAUGAUAGAUACUCUGCGAUGACAUUGAUGAUUUAUCACUUUUUCCCUGUUUGGUCAAAAUUACGUCACAGGAUUGGCAUUUAGCUGUGCACACUGAUGAAUUAUGACUAGAUCUCACUGGUGUUGUUAAUUUAAUACAUUGCCAAAUAUUUCCUGAAAUAUUUACUUCUUCUGAAAACAAAAUUAGCAUCUAGUUACAUUUUUUUAUUAGUAGGAAAUUACAAAUAUCAUUUGAUGAUUAUUCAAUGAGAUUAAUGAGUCCAGUCAUAGAUUAACUGGAAAGGUCGGGAGUAGGAGUGGUUUUAUGGUUUACAUGUAAUUUUAGUCAUUAAUCAUCCAUUAAUGUAAAUGCAGGAUGCCAAUGCACAAUGUUGCUGCAAUUAAAUGCAUGUAUAUGGUCCACAAAACAAUAUGCCUGUUCUCUUUCUAUUAAUUCAAAUAACAGAUAGAAUUAUAAACUAUAUGCCUUACUCGUUCUCUGUAUUUUAUGUUACUUCUGUCAAAUUGAUUUACCAUUGAAGUAAUAUUUUAAAAAAUUUGGUAAAUGAGGAGAUGUUGUCAACAUAGCAUGUUAUAUUUUUUGAUUGUAAUAUUUUCAGAAAGAUUCUUGUGUCUCACUUCAUGUUCAUGUAUUUAUUAGAAUACCCAUUACCAGUAAGUAUAAGAUUAUGAUGAUGAUCAAUAAGAUAAUGAAUUAAAAUGAUUAUGUUUUCUCCAACAAUGUUUUUUUGAUUUGAUGUAAGUCACAUCACAUGCAGUUAUGUCUUAAAAGCUGAUUUGUGCACAGAAA